GUUGUCAAUGUCAAUCCCCAAACAUACUAAACAAAAACAAUACAAGAAAUAGAAACGAAAUGUAACUUACUUUAAUUAUGUUUUGCUAUUAAAUAACAAUACAUUGUAAAUCUAUAUCAUGGAAGAAGCUGGCAAACUAACUUUAAAACGAGUGGAGCUUUCUCUUACAAAAUUUAACGAAGUCGCAAUCCCUCAUCAUUUGGAUUUGCUACGACAACACAAAGCUAAUAUUAUCAAGUAUGGAGAAAGCGGCGACACGCGGCGGCUGCGUGCCGAGCAGACGCACGCGCGCCGCGUCGCCGGGCAGCUGCGGGCACUGCUCUCAGAGAUGGACGCCCUGCGCGCACAGGUGCGCCAGGAGGACCGGCAGAGGUUCGACACGAUGACGCAACGCACGCGCGACCUCACUCUGCGCGCUAUCGUCGAUUACCUCGAGUCCUCUCCGGUGACGAUCCGUCGCCUGGAGGCGGCGGGGGCGGAGGCGGGGGCGGGGGCGGAGGCGGGCAGCGCGCGCUCAACGGACUCUGUGGGCGUGGUGUCGCACGCGGGCGCGCAGCUGCAGCUGCACCACGACGAGCAGGAGGCGGCGCUGCGCGAGCGCGAGGCGGUGCUGCGCGGGUGGGGCGAGCUGCAGGCGGAGGUGCGCGCGCUGCACGACGCGUGGCGGCACGUGCACGAGGCGGCGCGGCUGCAGCGCGACCAGGUGCAGGCGGCGGCCGGCGCGGCGGACACGGCGGCGCUGGAAGUGGCGGCGGCGAGGGAACACCUCUCCGUCGCGCAGAGGAUGAGCGUGGGUCUGGCGAGCGCGGGGUGCGCGGCGCUGGGCGCGGCGGUGGGCGGGCCGGUGGGGCUGCUGGCGGGCGCCAAGGCGGGCGCCGCGGCCGCGCUGCUGGGCGCCGCGCUCGGCCUCUUCGGCGCCCGCGCCGCCGCCCGCCUGCCGCGCGCCCCGCCCCCGCUGCCCGCCCCCGCACCCGACACACACCACCACAAGCACGAAUAAUACAAAGGCACGUUUCUCGCAUCAUAAUAAUCUUUUAUCGUACAAAUCGAAAUAAACAUAAUAAAUUAGGGAAACGAAAUAUAAUCUGUUUUACAUAAGAAUUUACUCCUUAUUACCUCCAGACACAAAAAAAAACAAAACAAUUUGCAGUUAAUCUUGACUAGAAAAAUAUAUGUCUAAAAACUGACCAGAGAAUUAUUUUUAAAUUAUCGCUAUUAAAAAAAAAAUAUUCCAAAGCUUUGUAACAUGAGUUGCAAUGUUUUGUAUUAAUACAUACAUACUAUGUACAUAAAAUAAAUAUUUUCCUCGACAGCGGACGAUAUAAAAGUAGAGAUAUUUAGUACUUGCUCAGAAUUAUAAAAUCCCUCACAAAAUUCAAUAAAUCAUAAAAUAUGUUGCUUACGCAGCAUCUGAGCCGCUACACCUGACAUUGUGUUGUGCGCGGGUCGUCUGGUGCCUGCAUGCAUGAGCUUAGAGUAACAUGGAUUAAUAUUAAAUUAGAGUAGUAAAUUAUUUACAUAAUGUACUAAUUUAUUACAUAAAAAAGCGUUAUUUAUUGUAUUUGUGUACAUGCGGGCAUAUGUUACGUCUGUUGCAACUACGCAAAACCAAUCGAGGAGCUAUAAGCUGUGAUGUAUGCUUUAAGGGUAUGUAUUAUCAAUAAAAUAAACAAUAUUUAGUUGUU